AGCACUUCCACUCUUCCUUUCGUUUUCCGGGACAUCUGCGAAACCAUUCAAUCCGGCAAAUUCCUUCUGGUCCUCACUAUCUGCAUAUAAAUCACGCCAUUACACCACCCGUCAUCGCCACAUAAAUUCACUUCUAUUCACUUUCGCGGAGAGCCUGAGUCGGGCUUGCACAAAAGAGAACCGCACUUCGUUAUCUUUGUCGAACAAACUUUCUUCCUACAACCGGAAAGCGCCACCUUAACAGCACCGACAUCAUGGCGGAUAUUGACGACGAGCUCCUCGCUCUUGCAGGAGAAGCCUCAUCUGAUGAGGAAGAAGAUGCGCCAAUGAACAUCAGCAGGGAAAGUUCGGGUACCCCCGCUGGCAAGACUGCUGGUAAACCUAGUGCAAAGAAGUCUGGUGGAAAGAGGACAAGCAGGCGCCCAAACGACUCCGAAGAGGAGGGCGAAGCCUCUUCUGGUCACUCAUCCCCCGACUCCCUACGAUCUGCCCCUAUGGAUCAGUCAGACUCAGAAUCCGAUGGCGAUCCUGCCUUCGACGAUGAUGAUGGAGACCGAUAUCCGGUGGAGGGCAAGUACCGGAAUGCUUCUGACAAAGCAGAGAUCAUGGCUAUGCCUGAGAUCAAGCGUGAGGAACUUCUCGCCGAGCGUGCCCAGGAAGUAGAGCGAGACAGACAAAACAGAGCUCUUCGACAACUUUUGAAUGCUCGAGAGGCAGAUGCCAAGAAGCAGGACAAGAAGCGCAAGGCAGGAGCUGCAGACUUGGAGGAGAACCAACGCAAGACCUCUCGCCAAAGAACAAAGCUAGGUGGUGGAAAGGUUGGAGAGGCCAGCACGGGAAUCGACAGUCUAAAGCGUGCAAGAGCCGAGAAGACUGAUCGUCAACGUCGCCGAGAUGAAGACAAGGAACGAAACAAGGACAGGAGAGCUGCUCGAGACGAAGAAUACUCGGAUGCCGAUGCUGAUGGAGAUAGCGAGGUUGAAUGGGAUGACCCAAAGGCUAGGAACAAGAAGAAGUCUAAGUCUCCGGAUUUCCGAGACGCAGAACCAUCUGGUCUUCAUGAUAUCGAGCGAGUUAGAGUCGGCAGAUCCCGAUUUGCUAUGGUUUGCUUCUACCCUGGCUUUGAUGAGGCCAUCACUGGCUGCUAUGUCCGGAUCAGCGUUGGUGAGGACAAGGAGAGCAAGCAAAAUAUAUAUCGAAUGGCACUCAUCAAAGGGUUCGUCGAAGACAAGCCAUACGCUAUUGAAGCUGCAAAUGGCAAGCAAGUCAGGACAACCCAGUAUAUACGCGCUGCUCACGGGAAGUCGGAGAGAAACUGGCCCUUCUUCAGUGCCUCUGACUCCCCCUUCACCGAGGCUGAAUGGAACCGCUACAAGCAAACAUGCAUAGUGGAAGGUGUCCCGCUCCCAACAAAACCAAAACUUGCUGCAAAGAUCGCCGACAUCAACAAUCUUGUCAAUCGCUCAUGGACCGAGGCUGAAUUGCAAGAGAAAUUGACCAAGUCCGGUGCUCUUGUCAAUAAAUACAUCCCGAUUGAGCGGAACCGUCUGAACAAUUUGAUCAAAGAAGCCAAGGCUCGUGGCGACACAGAAAAGGAAGAAACUUACCGCAAGGAGCUUGAAGCACUCGAUGGACCAAAGCUGGCGUACAGCACCUCGAUGCAUCCAUCUCCAAAGAAAACAUUAACACCAUCAGGCUUGAGCCAACAAGAGCGACUUGCUAUUCUGAACAAGCAGAACCGCCGAAAGAAUGCAGAAGAGGUGCGCCAAGCACAGAUCAAUGAGAGACGAGCCGCAAAGAUGACUGAAGCCGCCAUCGCUCGUGGUGAGAACGUUACAGAAGACCACUCUCGACGUGUCAAAACCCGGGCCAAGUUCAAGCACGAUGUUGCAGAUAACUUUGGUGCAAAUAAGACCGGCAGUGAAAGAAGCGGCACCAACACUCCAGCAAUCGGUACGCCUAAUCUCACUGCCAAGAAACCUUCCACGCCUCUCCCACACCUUCCAAAGCUUCAAGAAAAGAAAGGAAUUCCUACAAUUCGACGCCCGUUGAUGGAUGACGACAUCAUUGGUUCCAUCGAUUUGGGCAUUGACAUUGAGAUUUAGAAUGAAUCCGCUUGUUUUCGCGUAUUGGCAGACGGAGACUUAUUCUUGAGUGGAUUGAUUUCCGCGGUGGUCUGGACGUAGGGCAUGGCGUCUCGCAUCUCUCUGUUGGGAUCCAGGAAAGAAGGCGUUGGAUUCUCACUCCAGGAUCAUGUAUUUUAGAAUGGAAAACAUUGCGCUGAGUAGACUUGACGGACCGAUGAUUCCAUGUGAAGUGGUGACUUUGGGGCUUAAAUGCCAUCCU